AAAAUGCCUCGUUUUGCUUCGACGUGUUGCCUUCGAUUUAUUCUGUUUAUCAUUAUAAAAACAACGUCCACAGACACAACGAGAGUCCAACUCUGUCCGUUUGCAGUCUCUGUCUUGUAAAGCAGGAAUCACGGUCGGUGAAGGUGGAGGGGGUUGUUUUUUUUUUUUUCGCCCACAAUGCAUCAUCGCUGCCGCCUCAGUUCUGCCAUGUUUGUACCGCUCCGGUUGCACGGUAUUGGAAAUCCAUCUGUCGCAUAGAAGCUGAUUUGUUCGAAUACUGUUUUGGUUGGUUUGGUUUGUCAUUCUACAACUGGCGACACAUCCAGGAGUCAAUGCCAGUCCGGGCUUCGUGAAAAAGAUUCCCAGCGGCGUCAUGUCAUCCAACGCUCAGGAUGAGUACUUUGAUGAAUAUAACAAACCAGGUGCUGAGCGGUCACGCAGACGGAGAGGCACGGACGAAGAUAUCGAGAGUGAUCUGGAGGAGGAUCUGGAGGAGGAGUUGUUGGAGGACGAUUGGGCCCCAGGUAAAAAGAAUCCUUCAGAACUAUCGGACGAGGAGCUGAAUGAUGACCUGUUACAGAGUGAUGAUGAGGACGUCAACAUGGGUGGUCAGCACGUGAGCCUCAACGCCACCUACAGUUUGAACACGUCCUACGAACAUCAUGACAGCUUGCAGGAAGACGAGUACACAGGUGAUGUGGGGGACGAUGGGUACCAGCAGGGGGAGUAUGCCGAAGACUACGGUCAGGAUGCAGAGGUGCCUGAAGACCCGAUGGAGUACAACGAAGAGCUUGGACAGGAGGAAGAAGGUUAUCAGGACGGAGUGUUGGACAUCCAGAUCAAUGAGCCCCUGGACGGGGAAUUUCAAGACAGUGAAUAUCAGAGCUCCUACAAUGACGAGCCUCUGCAUGAAGACGCAGUCCAACAGGAGGAGGCCCCCGAGGAGGUGGGGCUGGGGGGAGAGCAGCAGGAAGAGGAAGAAGCUGCAGACAGCUCUCAGGUCUUUAACACAGAGGUAGAAACUGAAGAAGCCAAGGAGGAGUCGGAUGAGGAGGACGACGACACUGAAGAGUCCGGUCGGUUGCGGUUCAAAUCUGAGAGGAAAGAGAGCGUAGGUGUUCGUUUGGCUGACGCUGGGAGUAAACGGAGGAACAUCCCUGAAACACUAGAAUUGUCAGAGAAAGCCAAGCAGGAUCUCAAAGAGUUUGAGGAGCAAGAACGGCAAAGAAGACAGAACCGUUAUGGUGGUCGAGGAGGAGGACGAGGAGGAGGAGGAGGAGGACGGGGAGGCAGAGGAAGAGGAGGCUUUGGAAUGUCAGAUUUCCGAGGAGGCCACAGAGGAAGAAUGAAUGACUACAGGGUUCCCUUGAUGGGAAACAUGGGCCUGCAGGUAGGUGUUCACCUGAGCCCACUGACUGACACGUCCCAUCAGCAGCAACUGCAGUCCCAGCAGCACCAUCCGUCCCGUCCGAGGGGCCCGCCUCCACCCUUUCAAGAGGUCGGACGCCCACUAGUCCAGCAGUCGCUUCAGCCCCUCAUCCCCCCACACAUGGCUCACCGCUCCUCGCCACUGCGGCAGAUGGAGCCACAGCCGCCACGAAUGAUGAGCCCACAGCCGCCCAGCUUCUCUCAGCAUCGUCAGCAACCUCCGCAGCCCAAAAACAUCCACAUCAACCCCCAUUUCAGAGGGCCGUCAUCCUCCUCUGUCCAAGUGCCCUUGAUGCCUCCUGCUCAGAGCCAGCCCAGACCUGCUGUUGGUCCACAGAGGUUCCCUGGACCUGGAGACUUCCAGCAGCACAUGCCUGAUAAUUUUGGUCAGGCCCAAAGGCCCCCUCAUCAUAUAGAACCCUUCAGGAACCACCCCCCCCAUGGUCCCCAGGACAGGAACCCCCACUUCAUGCCAGAGCACACUGACUCACCACGGUUCCCAGGGCCCCACAUGUUUGACCACCCCAGUCCUCUUCUGAACAACAACAACAACAGCGUUCACCAGCAGCUGUCUGGACCGGGCCACAUGAGUUUUGGGCCACCAGGACCGGCCUUUAACCAGUCCAACCAGGGCCCCGCAGGAUUGUUUUCCAGAGACCCUCCCAGACCUAACCACCCUCCCCACCAGGGGCACCAGGGAAUGGUGGGGAUGAAUCAACAAGGAGGCCCCCCCAACCAGCCCCGUCCUUGUUUGGGCCCCCGUCAACCGUUUGGUCAGCAGGGGGCCUUGUUCCCCCCUCCAUCGGUGCAGUUUGGUAUGCAGGUACGACUGAGAGGUCUGAUGCCCGGUCCUCCUGUUUCCCAGCUUCCUCAUCACGACUCCCUGUCUUCCCAUCAGCCCCUGCAUCAGCACCAACACCACCAGCAGCAGCAGCAGCAUCAACAUCACAGACAGGAGCUGCCCCACCACCACCAUCUUCCUCAUCAGCAGCAGCAGCGAAAUUUAGUGGAGCCUCGUCCCAUGAUGCACCACGGCCAGCACCCCUUCCAUCAACAGCAGGGGCACGGUGGCCCCAGGCCGAUGACUCCGCGUCCUCAGAACCCCCAGCAGCGCAACAUGUCCAACAAGCAGAGGAUGAACACACCCGUCUCCAAGCAAAUGCAGCUGCGAAACAGCAACCUACGGGAGCUCCCCGUGGCACCUGGCAACAUGAGCGUGAACAGCGCCCAGCCCAUUUCUUCUCCCACCCCCAGUGUCAGGCCGGUUGCCAGGGCAACGCAGGGGGCGCGUCCCGGACAGAACAUUCAGCCAGCGCCCAACCGUGGCAGAGGACGAGGGCAAGUCCCUGCCAACACCGAGUCGCAGCCCGGGGCGGCAGGAAGGGCGGUGGUCCACAAGGAGGUCCCGAGUACAGCAUCCGCCAAGACACAGGAGGAUCCUGAUGAAGACGAGGAGACUCGGCAGUAUCGUUUGAAGAUCGAGGAGCAGAAGCGUCUGAGAGAGGAGAUCCUGAAAAGAAAGGAGCAGCGGCGGCAGAUGCAAGCUGGCGCCAGGAAGAAGGAGUUGAUGGAAAGGCUCAAUUCCCUGGCGCCGAAUACACAGAGCGAAGGCCCAACUCCACCGACUCUUCCCACACAGCACAACCUGCAGACGGCAAACCCUGUACAACAACAACAAGCAGCAGCAGCAGCACCUCGGCAGCAGCAGCUACAGCCACAACCACAGAGACCGUUUCCUCAGAGACCCCAACAGUCGUCAAGUCAGUGUUUGAAAACUCCAAAUCAAGACCCAGCAGUUCAUCCCAACGGUGCUGCUCCACAACCCAACGUUAAAACACAUCUGCAGUUGCCCAAAGGCGGCGGCGUUUGGGGCGGUGGCGGCGGUGGCCCACAGACUCAGACACCGGGGCUGCUGCCAAACCAGCAGUGGAAACAGCCUCAGCAAAAUCAGCCGCCCGAGCAAAGAGGGAUCAGUGCUGCACAGAACGUGAACAGACCCGGCGCUCAGGUCCAGAAGAACAUCCCCGUACUUCCUUCAUCCGGCCCGGGCCUGGCUGGGCCUCUGGGUCACGGACCUCAACCUGGAGCUAAGAGAACUGUAAUGCAGAGAGCCAAGAAUCCUGAUGCCGAAGGUCAGCAGGUGCCACAGAAAGUCCUGAGAGUUUCUGGAGCGGGUGGGAAGGGCCCGGAGGUCACCGCUGCCCCCCUCCAGCAACAAGGCAACUGCCCCACCACUGCCCUCAACCAGAGGAAGGUGACCAUGACGGGGCAGAAGCCACAGGGAGCAGGCAGACCACCACAGGCUGGUCCACAGCAGAACAGGGUUGUGGUGACGGGCCGAGGUAGAGGGGGCGGUCCGAUGGGUCGAGGUCGCACGGUGCCCACCAGACAGAGCCCAAGAGUCGCUGAGAGCCAACGGUCCACCGUGUCCAUCGAGGGACUCUCCUUGUCCACCACCGAAACCCAGCUGAGGAACCUCCUCCGGUCCAUCGGGCCCAUAGAGAUGUUUAAAAUGAUGCCCCAGCAGAGGAAAGCAGUGGCCACGUUCUCCAACCCUGACCAUGCAGCCAGUUUCCAGCUGAGCUUCCACAGGCACAUGAUUGAUUUGUCCCACAUUGACGUGUCGCUGAUUGACGGAUGAGGAGCCCAGUACAUCCAGAGGCUCCUGGUACCAGAUGACAUUGUUCUCCUGAUGUGGGCGUGGCUCCACUCUUUUUUUUUUUUUUUGGUUACCUGGUCAUCGUGGUCUGCGCAGAAGCUUCGUCGUCAGUUCACCUCAUGAUGUUCACACAGACCUGUGGUCCUGAUUGGUCCGUUGCUAUAGUGACACUGACGAGACACUGGACACGUAGAACCGUCGGUGGUAGAACCAGUUACGUGGACACUAGACAUGAGAUAAUGGUUGCUCUCCUUCUGGUUGAGGUUCACACUAACACUCAGUCCAAUGACGUCACUAUAUUCCAAUGUGGCCCAUAUACAGGGGGCGUGGGUUGUAUUCACUCAGUUGUUGGUUCAUGACAGUUGUUCUCCCCUGCUGUAGAGGGCAGUAUUCCAUCGUCUGUGUAGCUAAACCCAAACCCUGAAGAGUUCAUUUGGAGACGAGUCUGUGAGCUGUUAUCGGCUGUCAAAUGGCUCCUCCUAGCGGAGAACACGGGAACAGACGCAGAUUGUCGUGGUUCACAGAAUGCAAGGAAAAUCAUUUAUCAGAAAAAUCUCUGUAGUUUUGGUUAAAGUUUUAACUGCUAAGAUAAUUUGAUGUUUCAAAGUCAGGAUGUUUCUGGUUGAUGUUGUCAAAUGUGUUGGUUUACGCUUAAUAAUGAAUACUAUAGAGACUUUUAAUAAAAAUAAACACCUGGACUGCAUUAAUGAAAAUGCCUUUUUUAGUUAGUUUAGUUAGUUUAGUUAGUUGUGAUGAGGUUGAAGCAGGACUUGUUACUUGGGUUGUUUUUUUUUAAUAUCAACAUCACUAAGACUUUGAUGUUGUCUGGUCUUUUAUUUUAGUGCUAAACAUUCAGACAUUUGUGUGUUUGCUUGGAUUAGAGCGGUGAUGAUGAUGAUGAUGAUGAUGAGCAGAUGAACAUUUAGAGACUCUUCACACUGAGCUAAAGAUGCAGGUCUUAUUCCAAUAAGUAGAUUUAGAAAGACCAAGUCCCUUUCAUCUCUGGUUCCUUUGAUGUCCAUUCAUGAGAAGUUGUAAGACUAGUUGGAGGAGAGCGCCGCAGCGUCACCACUGACGAUGUUCAAUUCUCAGUCUCACUGUCUGUCACUGUGAAGGCUCAACCAAUGUCAAGCUAGCUUCGUCUCUCUUAUCAAUAAUCACAUUGGUUUUCUUCCUCAUUCCAGAACGCUGGGGGAGAGCGGGGGGGGGGAGCAACCAUUACCUUCAUAGUCCAACCUGUAGAUAAACGCAGCAGAACUUUAUCUGUGACUGGGUUUCCAUCCAGUACCGUUGACUUACUCUUUCCUCCUCCUGUAAGAUAUUUUUAUAUGUACGUUUACGCCCGUGUGUCCAGGCACUAGUGGUUUUACUGAAGUGUUUUUGUUUGAAUUUUGAAUCCAAAUUGACUGGACAUCAUUUCUGACCUUACGUCUAAAGGGAACGGAGAAUAUAAUAAAAACCUGGCCAAUAUACCGUGAAUACGCAGGUAUGUGUCGGUGGUCAAAGCUGAGCCCAA